UGCUGGUGAACGCUUGUCACAGCUCGUAGAAAUCAUGGCUGCCCCCCAGAGCACAGAGUGGAGGACCGUAUGCGAGAAAUUUCGCCUGGCCCAGGAACUCUCCGAGGUAGAGUCGAGAAAAGACCCUGAGAACAACCCUUUCCGGUCGAAAUACACAGCUAGGGACCUGUUGAAGGAAAUCCUUUGUUCACUGAAAAAAAUUCAUAUCGAGGAGGGCGAGGCUGACAAUGAAGCAGACGGUGAGUUCAGGCAGAUGGUGGAUGGAGAACCGGGGAGUGAAUGUGGGAAAGCGUGUACCGGAAACUCUCCCGCCGGUCUGCGAGCGGCCAGGCUCGCGGUGGUGCAGUACUGUCUCGGCCUGAACCACAUAGAGACCGAGGAGCUGUCCGCUGGAGAGCAGCAUCUGAUCAACUGCCUGAAACUCAUCGACAGGUGCACAACAACACGGGAGAACGUCUCGUUAUUCAUACAGGCCCGGAAUCAGCUCGUUAUUUUUAUGGCGGGAAGAGAUGAAAUCGAAAAAGCUCAAGGAUUUCUGGAAAUCGCCGAAUCUAUGUAUUUGCUGUACAUGAAAGAGGAUGGUCAACCACCACUGGAUCUUCAAGACUAUUUUGUGUUGGAGGGAGAAGAAUUAUCCCAACAAGAGAAGAUAAGAAGGUUUGAAAUGGCAUAUACACACACACUGUAUUAUCUGGCUCAAGUGUACAAGAAUCUGCAGCAGUAUGAGAGAUCUGGACAGUACUGUCACAGUACACUACAGAGACAGCUGGAGUACAAGCAGUUUGUGCCGCUUGAGUGGGCCAUUAAUGCAGCCACACUGUCACAGUACUACAUCGCCAAGACACGGUACAUGGAGGCUCGUCACUGUUUGGCUGCGGCGAGUGUCAUUGCUUCUCUUGCAGGAGAAAUCCCCUCAGAAGCAGCUGCCAAAGAAAGUGAUGCUGAAUGCGAAAAACGUGAAGAGCUCCUGCAGAAGCGAUCUGAAAUUGCCAGAUGCUGGAUUAAAUAUUGCCUUAAUCUGAUGCAAGAUGCUAAAAAACUUCUUGAGGAUAAUGUCGGAGAACUCGACUUAGAUCGGCAGGAAGAAUUGAAGAGGGCACGUCAGAAUGAAGAAGAAGAUAAAGAGAAGGGAAGAAAAAGUGCCAUCCUUUUUGGUUCAAGUGAUACCUUUGACUCCAUUUGCAGCCUGGAAGAGAAAGUAAGCAGCAUGCUUCCACUAGACUUUGAAGAAGCCCGUAGCAUUUUUCUGGUUGGUCAAAGCUAUGUAGCCCAGGCCGAAGAGUAUUUCGCAAUGGACGGUCACGUGACAGAUCACAUUGAGAUCUUGCAGGACCAUAGCGCUCUCUUGAAGGUCCUGGCCUUCUUUGAACAGGAUCUAGAACGCCGCUGUAAAAUGCACAAACGUCGCGUCGACCUGCUGGAGCCAGUCUGCAAGGAUUUAAAUGCUCGGUACUAUCUGUUAAUCUGCCGACAGCUGCAGUUUGAACUUGCAGAAACCUGUUACGAGAUGAUGGACCUGAAGUUGGCUGUGGCCGACAAGCAGGAUCAGCCAGAUGUGCACACCAUAAAGAAGUUUAACCAAUUGUGUUCCUCCUCAAUGAAGUAUUAUCAGAUGUUCCUCGACUCCAUCCGCUCACCAGAGGGGAAGUUUCCUGAAAAGCUCGAGGAGGACCUGUUAAGGCCGGCGCUGGUGGCCAAAUUCCGUGUCGCCAGAUUACAGUCCAAGCUUAUUUCCAGUAACCUGGCCGCCCAACUGGAGAAUCUCAACCACUCCCUGGAGUCAUACAGUUUCAUAGUGCAAUACUGUGAGGAGAACCCAGAAGCCAAGAAGGCUGUUGAAACCGAGCUAGAGUUGAGUAAUGAGAUGGUCUCCCUGCUUCCUCUUAAGAUCAACAGAAUUCGAUCCAAAAUGGCCUCCUGCAACUAACAGGCUGUUGAAAACCAUUCAUUGUUGUCCUGUCGUAUAAAUACAAACACCUGACAAACAUAGACUACCCGUUGUUCAUUGCCAGAUCUAAUGAGCCUUCCUAGGACCACCUUGUAAGAAACUCCUUCAACUGGAGGACCAUUUAUCACAAUCUCUUGUGGACUGAUGUAACUGCAUGAUUUACCGUAACUAAUUUAUUUUCAUUGUGCAAUGUACAAUUGUAUUUAAUGCAGUAAAAUGUUUGUUUCAAAUAUUAGGAUUGGUAUGUUUAGCUGGCCCAAGAUUUAACAUAUAGCUGUAUAUUAAAGAAUUGUAUGCCAAUAAAUAUGGAUAAUAAAAA